AUGGCGGAUGGUAAAAAUCAGCGAAAACAUGUCUUGCUAUUAGCAUAUCAGAGUUUUGGGAUGGUUUUUAGUGACUUGAGCACUUCACCUUUGUAUGUUUACAAGUGUACAUUUUCCGGGAGAUUACGUCAUUAUCAGAAUGAAGACAUGGUUUUCGGAGCCUUUUCGUUGGUUUUUUGGACGCUUACAAUGUUUUCAUUGUUUAAGUAUGUUGGAUUCAUGUUGUGUGCAAAUGAUAAUGGCGAAGGAGGGAUUUUUGCGUUGUACUCGGUUAUUUGUAGGCACGCGAAGUUUUGUAUACUUGCUAAUCAACAAACGGCAGAUGAAGAGAUUUCUACAUAUCAUAGUGUGGGUUAUUCGAAUAGGAAUGUGGUUUCGUCUCGGUUCAAGAAGUUUGUUGAGAGACAUAAGAGAAUGAAAACAGCUCUGCUUGUUUUAGUUUUGUUUGGUGCUGCUGUGUUUAUUACCAUUUCUGUCUUCACACCUGCAAUUUCCAUUCUUUCAUCCAUUGAAGGGCUGCAGGUUCGAGCCAAGAAUUUGCAUCAUGGUAUGGUGGUCAUCAUUGCCUUGCUUUUAUUGAUUGGCCUUUUUGUAUUGCAACACUAUGGCAUGCACAGGGUUGCCUUCAUGUUUUCUCCCAUUGUGAUUCUAUGGUUACUGUCCAUUGCCAUUGUUGGCACCUACAAUAUCAUUACUUGGAAUCCAAGAGUAUACCAGGCUCUUUCUCCAUAUUAUAUCUACAAGUUCUUUGGGGAAACUGGAAAGGAUGGUUGGAUUUCUCUUGGCGGAAUACUUUUAUGCAUUACUGGAACCGAAGUUAUAUUUGCAGGGCUAGGCCAAUUCACAGCUUCAUCAAUAAGGGUUGCUUUUUCAUUUUUCGCAUACCCAUGUUUGGUGCUUCAAUACAUGGGCCAGGCUGCAUUUCUUUCAAAAAACUUUUCUGCUGUAUCCACGAGCUUCCAUUCUUCCAUUCCUGAUUCGCUGUUCUGGCCUGUUCAGCUGAUGGCAACUUUGGCUGCAAUUGUUGCCGGUCAAGCUGUAGUCUCUGCCACAUUUUCCAUUGUCAAACAAUGCCAUGCAUUAGGAUGUUUUCCUCGCAUCAAGAUCGUACACAAAGCAAAAUGGGUACAUCACCAAAUAUACAUCCCAGAGAUAAAUUGGACACUUAUGAUUCUGUGUCUAGUAGCCACAGUUGGUUCUCAAGACACCAUUCAUUUAGGAAAUGCGUAUGGGAUUGCAUGCAUAACUGGGAUAUUUGUGACAACAUGUUUGACAUCAAUGGUCAUUGACUUCGUAUGGCACAAGAGCCUCGUGGGUGCUCUUUUGUACUUCUUAUUCUUUGGAAUAAUAGAGAUCAUUUUCCUAACAUCUUCAUGUAUGAGAAUUCCCAAGGGUGGAUGGGUUCCUCUUGUGCUCUCUGCAGUCUUUAUGUUUGUCAUGCAUGUGUGGCAUUACGGGAGCAGGAAGAAGUACCUGUAUGAUCUCCAUAAUAAAGUUUCCUUGAAAUGGAUCCUCACUUUAGGUUCUGAUCUUGGGAUUGUAAGAGUUCCUGGGAUUGGUCUUGUGUACACUGAGUUAGCAAGUGGAGUCCCAGCCACAUUUUCCCAUUUCUUAACUGACUUGCCGACAUUUUAUCAAGUGGUUGUAUUUGUCUGUGUUAAGACUGUUCCCAUUCCUUAUGUUUCCCAGAAAGAAAGGCAUCUUAUUGGCCGGGUCGGCCCCAAACCUUACAGGAUGUACCGCUGCAUUGUUCGAUAUGGAUACAAAGAUGUCCAUGAGAAUGAUGAGUAUGAUUUUGAAAAUGCUAUUGUGAUGAGUGUAGCAGAGUUCAUUCAAUUGGAAGCAGAGGGCUGUGGAACUCCUGAUGGCUCUGUGGAUGGUCGGUUGGCAGUUGUGAGGUCAUCUGAAAAUUUUGGAAAAAGAUUCAUGAUGUCAGAAUCUGAGGGCAAUAAGGAGAGCAGCAGUUUGAGAUCCCCUGCAUCUGGAAGUAGCUCCAGGUCAGCUGCAUUGCAGAAAUUGAAGUCCAUGUAUGAGCAGGAGUCACCACAAUUCUGCAAUAGGCCUCGAAUCCAGUUAAAGUUAUUGGAUACAACAUACAAGGAUUCCCGUGUCAAGGAAGAACUCUUAGAGCUCUUGGAAGCCAAAGAUGCUGGGGUAGCUUAUGUAAUAGGUCACUCUCAUGUUAAGGCAAAAUGGAAUGCAACAUUCUGGAAGAGGCUUGUGAUCAAUGUCUUUUACUCCUUUUUACGCAAAAACUGCAGGUCCCCUAGUGUCGGUUUGAAUAUUCCUCAUAUUUCCUUGAUUGAAGUGGGCAUGAACUAUUAUCUGUAA